AAAUGUAUGCUUUCACCCUAUUAUCAUAAUAAGACAAACAACAGCAGGCGGGACGCGGGAAUACGAAUCCAAAAAUAGGAAGAGAUUAACUCAAAAUUAAGCAAAAUCAUAAUCGGUUACGGUUAGUUUUGAAACAACGAACCCAAACACCCUUAUUUACCUUUAUUUCCUUUCCAUUUUCCCAAUCUUUCCCGAGAAACAAGCAUUUCAUCACCAUCACCACUUUCGCGUCUGAAAAGUUUCUGAUAGAUCGAUCUGAGUCCCCCAUAAACCCUCGAAUUUCUUCACAUUUCUAGAUCUGCAAUCUCCGUAGUUUUGUUGUAUCGAGAUCUCAAGCCUCUGGAGUUGUUCAAAGGGGGCUUGAGUUCCAAAUUAUCAAUAUUUCGAUUUUGCUUUGGAGGUUCUCAUUAUGAAUCUGCACUCAGAAGUGCAUGCAAGUGAAAAUGGGGAACCUAACAGCUUUAAUGGAGUCUCAAAUGGCGUUUUUGCUGAAGAAACAGAGAGUUUUAAAGGCUCAAUCGAAGAACCAUUGGCUGCCUCAAUUCUUAAGUUCAAUGACAUAUUCCAAUUGAAGCAAGGAUUUUGUGCUGAUCUUCCUGCUUUUAAGAUAUCUGAAUUGAUGAAACUAAACAGUUUAGAGAAUGCCUCGACUCGGUCACUUUUCAGCAUUGUGAAUAGGAUCCUGGAUGACAGCAUUGAACGAAAUAAUGGGGACUUAUCUAGUCAUGUGGCAUCCCUGUUGAAAAAAGUUGUACAAGAGAUGGAGCAGCGGAUUUCAGCUCAAGCAGCAAAUUUUAAAAAUCAAAACAAUCUUGGUAAGGCUCGUGAAGAGAAAUAUGAAUCAAGAAUAAGAGCACUCGAAACCCUUGCAGCUGGGGCUACUGAAGAGAUUGAGGUAUCUAUGAACCAGCUCCAGCAGAUAAAGAUUGAGAAGACCAAAAUUGAGGAGAAAAAGAAACUUGAAGAGCAAGAUGCUUUUAGGUUAAUGAAAGAGAAGGAUCAGUAUGAGACUCAGAUUUUGGCUUUAAAGCAAGAGCUGGAAUCAGCCAGAAGGACAUACGAAAACCAUUGCAUACAACUGGAUAAAGAGGCUACGGAAACCAAAGUUGAGUUAGAGAAGAAGUUAACGGAAUUUGAGUGCCUUCUGACUGAUUCAAGGAAGGAGGUGAAAGAAAUUGAGGCAUUUUCAGAAUCUAAAUCUCUGAGAUGGAAAAAUAAAGAGCUCAGCUACAAGAGCUUUAUAGAUUUUCAAUUUGGAUCUCUACAGGAUUUAAGGGUGGCUUCUGAAUCCAUAAAGCAAGAGGUUUUGAGGACACAGAGGAUAUACUCCGAAGAAUUUAAUCACUUGGAGCUGAAGCUUAAGGGACUAAUAGAUGCUGCUGAGAAUUACCAUAAGGUCCUUGCAGAAAAUCGGAAAUUAUACAAUGAGGUUCAGGAUUUGAAAGGAAAUAUUAGAGUUUACUGCCGAAUAAGGCCAUUCCUUCCGGGACAAAGUGGAAAGCCAACAACCAUUGAAUAUAUUGGUGAGAAUGGGGACUUGAUUGUUGCAAAUCUUUCAAAACAAGGAAAAGACAGCCAUAGGCUAUUCAAAUUUAACAAGGUGUUUGGUCCAGCAGCCUCUCAAGAGGAUGUAUUUGUAGACACUCAACCAUUAAUCCGGUCUGUUCUUGAUGGAUACAAUGUUUGCAUCUUUGCUUAUGGUCAAACUGGUUCCGGGAAAACUUAUACAAUGACUGGGCCUAGUGUAUCAUUGAAAAAGGAUUGGGGGGUGAACUAUCGAGCUCUCAAUGAUCUUUUCCAUAGCUCUCAGAUCAGGAAAAGCUCCACUACAUAUGAAGUUGGUGUUCAAAUGGUUGAGAUAUAUAAUGAACAAGUGCGUGAUUUACUCUCCAGUGACAGUUCUCAGAGAAGACUUGGGAUUUGGAAUACUGCCCAACCAAAUGGGUUAGCUGUUCCUGAUGCUAGCAUGCACCCUGUUAAAUCAACCAAAGAUGUCUUGGAAUUAAUGAAUAUUGGGUUAAUGAAUAGGGCUGUCGGUGCUACUGCACUGAAUGAAAGAAGCAGUCGAUCCCACAGUAUUCUCACUGUUCAUGUUCGUGGCAUGGAUUUAGAGACUAAUGCUGUUUUGCGAGGAUGUCUACACUUGGUAGAUCUUGCUGGCAGUGAAAGAGUUGAUCGAUCUGAAGCAACAGGGGAUAGGCUACGGGAAGCACAAUAUAUUAACAAAUCGUUGUCGGCUCUCGGAGAUGUGAUCUUUGCUUUAGCACACAAGAGUCCUCAUGUUCCAUACAGAAAUAGCAAACUAACUCAAGUUCUGCAAAGCUCUUUGGGUGGCCAAGCAAAAACCCUUAUGUUCGUACAGCUCAAUCCUGAUGUAGAUUCUUACAACGAAACUAUAAGUACCUUGAAGUUUGCUGAAAGGGUCUCUGGUGUUGAGCUAGGUGCUGCACGUAGCAACAAAGAGGGAAGGGGUGUAAGAGAGCUGAUUGAAGAGGUGGCAACCUUAAAAGAUGCAAUUGCUAAGAAAGAUGAGGAGAUUGAGCAGUUGCGGCUGGUUAAAAAUAGAGUAAAUGGAGUCAGACAUAGCUUGACCUCUCCAAGAUAUGGGUCUACUUCUCCAAGGAGACAUUCCAUAGGGGCUCUACAGCAAAACCGAAAACUGUCAGGAGGGAAAUCAGGUCUUAUUGAGAAGACAGCUUCUGACAAUGGUUCGGAGUACAGUGAUAAGCAUUCUGAAUCUGGCUCUCAGCAAUCAGUGGAUGACAUUGGACACCACAAGGAAUUUUUUCGACAAUCGAGGCUUGCUGUAGCAGAUAGAGGUCAAAGUUUUCCAGUGGACAUCGAAUCAAGGCUUAAUAUAGUAGAUGGGGCUCAAAAUUGCACUGAAGACAUUGAACUCCUUGGAUUUGGGAUUGCAGAUUCUGAAGAGAGAUUAAGUGACAUAUCUGAUAGUGGUCUUUCAAUGGGAACAGAAACUGACGGUUCAAUGAACAGUAUUGUGGAGUAUACUCUUUUCCCUGAAACUGCAAAACAAACAGUGGAGAACGCAGAGAGGCCGGAUUUACGAACCAAACUUCCCAAGCCCGCACAGAAGAAGGUGCAAGCCAGAUCCCAGUUGUCGUCAAGCAAGACCUCGAAAGUUUCAACAAGUUCUAAAAAACCCACUGCUGGCAGCUCAUCUUCAAUCCGGCCCGUCAAACGACGGCAGUAGUUAGAUGGGAACUUGGAUGGUGAAACUCACAAUGCUGCUUUUGUUGUAACUUUGUGUUCUGGCAUUCCUUGCCUUUUCCCUGUAUGUGACCUUCCAUUCAGAGGAGAGUUAUUUGGAACCAUCAUUCUGUAUUUAUAUGUGUUUUAGAUCAUAGUGCAAUUUAUGUAUGAUGGGUAUUACAAUUUCGUCCACGUUUGUACAUCAACAGUUGUUUUAGAGCAGUUUUAGCCAAAGAAUGUACUUUGUUGUCGCAUUUAAAA